UUAUGCAUAAUUCAUUUUGCGGCGUAAUCGUUAAUUCAACAAAAUGGCGUCUUGGUUGACAAGAACUUCCCUGGUCCUGGCAAGAAUUUCGACAUCACCAGCGCUGGCACGGCCAGCCAGUGUGACUGUCGGCCGUAGGUACCAGUCCACCCAGUCUGCGGCAUACCAACAGACACUCGUCAAUGUGCCGGAAACCAAGAUGACCACACUGAGCAAUGGAUUCCGGGUUGCUUCAGAAGACUCUGGCAUGCCCACAUGCACAGUGGGACUUUGGAUCGAUGCAGGAAGCAGGUACGAAAAUGAGAAGAACAACGGCACCGCUCACUUCCUUGAACACAUGGCAUUCAAGGGGACUAAGAGUCGAUCUCAGAUGGAGCUAGAGUUGGAGAUUGAGAACAUGGGAGCCCAUCUGAAUGCCUACACCUCCAGAGAACAGACUGUCUAUUACGCCAAGAGCUUCUCCAACGAUUUACCCAAAGCUGUCGAGAUCCUGUCGGACAUCGUCCAGAACAGCACCCUUGGGGAGGCAGAGAUUGAGAGAGAACGGGGGGUCAUCCUCCGUGAGAUGCAAGAGGUUGAGACGAAUCUCCAGGAAGUCAUCUUUGAUCACUUACACGCUACUGCCUACCAGGGCACAGCGCUAGGCCGGACCAUCCUAGGACCCACGGAGAAUAUCAAAUCCAUCAACCGUAAUGACCUAGUCCAGUACAUCUCCACUCACUACAAGGGUCCUCGUAUCGUGAUGGCAGCAGCCGGCGGCGUGAACCACGAGGAGCUGGUGGGACUAGCGGAGAAACACUUUGGCAAUCUGGGAACGGACUACGAGAACGAAAUCCCCGUGCUUCCUCCGUGCCGGUUCACUGGUAGCGAGAUCCGUGUUCGUGAUGACAGCAUGCCCCUGGCUCACAUCGCGCUAGCCGUGGAGGGAGUAGGCUGGGCCCACCCUGACAACAUACCACUCAUGGUCGCCAAUACGUUGAUCGGAAGCUGGGACCGUUCUUGUGGUGGCGGAGCCAAUGUGGCCAGUAGACUUGCGCAAGCCUCAUUCGAAGGAAAUCUGUGCCAUUCCUUCCAGUCAUUCAACACGUGCUACACGGACACAGGACUGUGGGGAAUUUACUUGGUCUGCGAUGGCCUGUCGAUAGAGGACAUGCUGUUCCAUGCUCAGUCUGAGUGGAUGUAUCUGUGCACCAGUGUUACAGAGAGCGAGGUGACUAGGGCCAAGAAUCUGCUGAAGACUAACAUGCUUCUGCAACUAGAUGGUUCCACGCCAAUCUGUGAGGAUAUCGGUCGCCAGGCGCUGUGCUACAACCGUCGUAUCCCACUCCCUGAGUUAGACGCCCGCAUCGAGGCAGUCAACGCUAAGGUUAUCCGAGACGUCUGCUCGCGUCACAUCUACGACAAGUGCCCGGCAGUGGCAGGAAUCGGUCCAAUCGAGCAGAUUCCGGACUACAACAGAAUUCGCGGCUCCAUGUACUGGCUACGAUUGUAAUGUCACAUGCAUUAGCCACGUGUGAAAUCAACACUGUAGUCGAGUUCCCAUUUUGUAAAGGUUAAAUCUCUAAAGUUUUGUUGUGCAUUUUUAGCAGUGUUGGAGUAGGCUGUACAGAUAUUUCGGAUGACAUAAUAAAAAUGGGGGUCGCAUUUUAUUUAUAACAAAGCAAAAGUGGAAAGCUACAGCGUGUACUUGUUUUAAAUGAUUGAUACCCAACAAAUAUUUCUCUCUAAUGUAAAUUUUACGCAGGUUCAUAGUUUUACUAUCCGCUCAGCAGCCAUCGCACACAGAUUAACUGCUAAACUUUCUGUAAUUUACACUAAAGCAAAUUUUUCGUUGCAUUGCAAUGUAUCCCCAAAAUGCCACAAUGUCAACACAUACUUAAUGCUUUGUGGAGGCAACUUGAUAUUGAAUUUGGAAAGAAAGUUGCAUCCUGACGCAAACAUUUCCAAUUUUGUUAGAAAAAAUGUGUACUUUCAAAUUGCAUGCAACCCUCCAUAGACUUUGUACAAGACAAAAGAAGUGGCGUUUGGAUACUGCAUUCUUUCCUAUAUUUUGUUGAAAAUUAUAAAUUGUUGAUACCGGAUGGUUGAUUGACAAAGAGAACUAUUAUUCAAUUUUCUUGAUAUCGAA